AUGUCGACCCAUCUCGAGAAAACUUACUCGCGCGAACAGCAAAGGCUCGGUAAUGAAUUGGAGAUUCCUCCUACACCGCAUCCGUUGGUGAGGAGUAUUUCUCAAGCCGAAGUUGGAGAAGAAAGUGCACGAAUACGAGUCAACGAGGAAGACGUUGACGCUCAAUUAGAGCUGGAAAAGGAAGAUGACUUAAAAGAGACAGAGGAAAGCUCACCGGCACAGUCGUCAACAGGAUCAGGGCAGCAAGCCCCUCCAAGGAGGAUCAUUCGGUUUGAAGAUGGAGAUUCUGCGCAGCCGAAUAACUGGAACCAGGGGAAGAAAAUCUACGCUCUCUCCACGGCAAUCCUAACAGUCAUGAACUCCACUGUGUCUUCCUCUCUCGCCGCCGGGGCUACAACCCAAAUAUCACACCACUUCCACAACACGAAUGAAUACCAGCUCAUUCUGCCCACGUCCAUCUUCCUCGUGGGAUACACCUGCGGGCCACUCAUAUGGGGACCCCUUUCAGAAUCGUAUGGCCGUAAAUGGACGAAGAUAGUAGCAUUCGCACUCUUUACUAUAUUCUCCAUUGCCUCAGCAUUGUCUCCGAAUUUCACGGCACUGAUAUUGUUUCGAUUGUUUACAGGUAUUGGGGGCAGUGCGGCAAUUAGUAUUGUAGGAGGCAUUUGUGCGGAUAUUUAUCAUGAUCCGAGGAGUCGAGGUAUAAUCCAAGUCCAUAUGGCCAUCUUCAUGGCCGCCACGACCUUCGGUCCAAUUUUGGGUCCACCUAUUUCCGGUUUCAGUGCGCCGGUAUCCUGGAGCUGGCCCUUCUGGAUUGGUGCAAUAUUCGCAGGAGCAAGUUGGCCUGUCGUGUUAUGCUUUCCCGAAACAUACGCUCCAAUCAUCCUCAAACACCGCGCGCGACGUUUACGCAAGGAAACGGGGGAUAUGUCUAUCGUCGCGCCGAUUGAGCUUGAAAAGACAGACUUCCACCACAUCAUGGUCGUAGUCUUAACCCGACCUUUACGAAUGAUUUGUUUCGAACCCUUGGUUCUAUUCACCUGCUUAUACCUCAGUUACGCCUACGCGAUCUUCUACAUUUUCUUUCAAUCCUACCCGAUAAUCUUCAUCCAAAUCUAUUCUUUCAACCCGGGGGAAGAAGGCCUCGCCUUCCUACCCAUCGGCAUCGGCGCCCUAAUCUCCGCCGCCCUCUACCUCCUCUGGGACAAAAUCCUCUUCCGCGCCCAAACCCUCUCCCGCCCAUGGUCCCAAUCUGAAGAAAUGCGGCGUCUGCCUCUCGCCUGCAUCGCGGGGCCUUUCUUCGUCCUAUCGCUCUUCUGGGCCGGCUGGACCGCGAAGCAAGAAAUCCACUGGAUUGUUCCUGUGCUAGCGGGUAUACCGUUCGGCAUCGGGUAUUUGUGCUUGUUUAUGGCGCUGUUGAACUACCUCGUCGAUGCGUAUGAGAUUUUUGCAGCAAGCGCGAUGGCCGCGGCGAGUUUUUCGAGGAGUAGUUUUGGCGCUGUGUUGCCGUUUGCGGCAAAGCCGAUGUAUAGGACGUUAGGUGUGCCAUGGGCGUGUAGUUUGUUGGGUUUUUUUAGUCUUGCGAUGUGUGCGAUUCCGUUUGUGUUUAUCCGGUUCGGGACGAGCUUAAGGAAGAAGAGUAAGUUUUGUCAGUAUUUGGCGCAGAAGAAGAGGGAGGAGGUAGAGGCGAGAGAGAGGGAGGCGGAUGGGAGGGAUCCUGAGGAUGUGGAGGCGGCAGGAAGGAGGAUAGGCGGAACUGAGGGUGAUGAUAAGUGCUAG